AUGGCUUAUCCUACGCGCGCCAGCUUCGCGACGAGUUUCAAGAGGCAUUUCAGAAGCCGACCUGGAACCCGUCAAAACCUGGGCCGCGGAGUUCUAAUCGGCGUUGCGGGAGCCACCGGCGCUGGCAAGACCUCGCUGGUAAAUGCCAUUCUGGAAUACCCGGAACUGCUGCCCUCCAGCAGUACCGAAGCAGCCACCGCGACGGUUUGCCGAGUUGCGUGGAACUACGAUGAUACCAACGGGCACGAGUUCCGAGCCGAAAUCAAGUUCCGGUCCAGGAAUGCGGUGGUAAAGGAGCUCAACCCAGUCUUGUCUGCUAUGAAGGACAGAAAGGAACUUAGAAAGCAUGAAUCCGACGACGAGAACGAGCGGAUAUAUGCACCGUCUGGAACCUCGACAAAGGCGAGCUUGAGGAGCGAUGCUUUUUGCAAGGGCUCCAGGGAAGCGCUACAGAACGCCCAGCUUCAGGAGGAGAGCUUCAAGAUCAAGUCCGUAUCGGAUCGCUUUAACGAGACAAACAAAGAGCUGAAGCACCGGUAG